AUGGCCACCGACAACGCAUCGGUCGAGUCGGGCACGCCCACCGAGGCCACGCCGCUGCUCGUGGCCACCGCCCGGCACCGGCCUCCCUCUCCUCGACGGCCGAGUCGCCCCGCGCUCCUCUCCCGCGCCUCCAAGGACGAGACGGCGGCGACGGCGUACGCGGGCGACGGCCUGCCCUACAACGACUACACCACCAUCGACUGGCUCCAUGACCUGGUCAAGGACAGCGUGCGCCGCAGCGAGGUCGAGUCGCGGUUCCGCGGCGGCAUCCGCGCCCGCAUCGACGCGUGGUGGGAUCUGACGCAGGGCUGGGUGGCUGCCUUUGCCGUGGGCAUCCUGACGGCUGGAGUCGCCUUCGCUGUCGAUGUCAGCGUCGAGACGGUCGCCGACUGGAAGGAGGGCCGCUGCGCCGAAAGCAUCUGGAUGAACCGCCGCGCAUGCUGUGCUCUCGACGCUGGCCAAUGCAAUCGGUGGUUGCCUUGGGCGAGCGGUUUCGGCUCCGCCUACGCCGUGUACGUGGCCUCGGCGCUGCUCUUUGGCGUCAUUGCAGCUGGCUUGACCAUGACGACGAAGAUGAAUCUCCCUGCCGUGAGCGCCAAUGCCGAUGAUGAGGCCGAGGGCGUCGAAAAGCCCAAGGGCAAGGUCAUGUACAUGGCUGCGGGCAGCGGCAUCCCCGAGAUCAAGACAAUCCUCUCUGGCUUCGUCAUUCCGCAUUUCCUCGACCUGAAGGUCCUGGUCGUCAAGGCCAUCGGUGCCACCUUUGCCGUGGCCACGGGCAUGUGCCUGGGGAAAGAAGGCCCGUUCGUCCACAUCUCGACCUGCGUCGGAUACCUGGUGGCCAAGUGCGUUCCCAAGUACGCUACCAACGAACUCAAAAUGCGCGAGGCACUCAGCGUGGCCUGCUCCGCGGGCCUGUCUGUUGCUUUUGGCGCGCCCAUUGGCGGCGUGCUCUUCAGCUACGAGGAAAUCAGCACUUAUUUCCCGCGUCGCGUCCUCUGGCGGUCGUUCCUCUGCUCCCUCGUUGCGGCCGCCGCGCUGAAGGAGCUGAACCCUACGGGCACGGGCAAGCUCGUCUUGUUCGAGACAAACUAUGGCGUCGACUACGACUUCUUCCACUACGUCGUCUUCAUCUUCCUCGGCGUCUGCGGCGGCGUGUUCGGCGGCAUCUUCUGCCACGCCAACUUUAUGUGGUCCAAGUCGUUUCGCAAGAUUUCUGUCAUCAAAAACAGCCCGGUCUUCGAGGUGUUCCUGGUGGUGCUGGCAACGGCGCUGCUUCAAUUCCCAAACCGGUUGAUUCGAGACACUGGCGACAUCACCAUGGAGCGGCUUCUGGUCGACUGCAAUAAUGUUGAGGAAGACUGGAUCUGCGAACAGGAGGCGCUUGACAACAGAGGCACGUAUUAUGCGUGGCUCAUCUCGGGCACACUGGUCAAGCUCGUCCUGACGACAAUCACGUUUGGGUGCAAGGUGCCUUCCGGAAUCAUCAUCCCGUCGCUGGACGCCGGGGCGCUUUUCGGACGCAUGGUCGGUCAGGUGGUGCCGGGCAUCUCGCCAGGCAUCUUUGCCAUGGUUGGGUCGGCCGCUUUCUUGGCCGGGGUUAGCAGAAUGACCGUCAGUCUCGCCGUCAUCAUGUUCGAGCUGACGGGCGAGGUCAACUUCAUCCCCCCAUUCAUGAUUGCGAUCCUCACGGCCAAGUGGGUUGCCGAUUGCAUCUGCGCGGACGGCGUCUACGAUCUAGCACAGCACCUGCAAGGCCACCCGUUCCUGGAAGCGGAACGCGCUCUUAGCAAGAUCAGGACGAUGCGAGAUUCCGAAGGCACCGCCACGAUCGCGGCUCUCAUUCCUCCCUCCGAGACGAUGGAGGCAGUCACGGUCCUCACCGGCCCGAACUAUCGCGUCGCACCAUCGAUCCUACGUGCGAAGCUGGCCAGUCUCCGAGCCCGGGGCCUCAUGGACGCCGGUCUGGUGCUCGUCAACGAGCGCGGCAUUUGCCACGGAUACCUACCCGAGGCGGACCUGGAACUGGUGGUACAGGCAAUUGACGAGGCGGGCGAAGAAGUCGAGCUGGACCUCCUGGGUGGCAUGCUCGCUGAGCUCAUUAACAGGAGCCCCGUGUCGGUCCCUGCCACGGCGCCGCUGGAAUACGCCGUGGAGAUGUUCGACAAGCUGGGCCUGCGGUACCUGAUUGUUGUGGAGGAGGAAACGGCCAAGGUGGUGGGCGUGGUUCUCAAGAAGCGACUCCUAAGACUCUUAGACGAAUGA